AUGGCAGGCUCGCUGCUCUUCUGGCUGUCUGGCCUUCUUAUUGUAAUCGUCGGCGCAGUGGUCUUCGCAGCAAUCGAUGACUAUCGCACCUUCAUGGAAAGUCGAGUGCUGGGCCCGCCCAUCGUCCUCAUCGUGGCGGGUCUUAUCAUUUUCGUGAUCGCCUUCUUGGGGUGUUGGGGCGCUCUGCAAGAGAGCUGCAACAUGUUAAUUGCAUAUGCUGUUCUGCUGCUCUUGAUUUUCAUUAUAGAGUUGGCAGUUGGAAUUACUGCCGCAGUCGUUAGAGAUGAUUUUGGUGACACAAUGGAAAUGGAAAUGAAAAAAUCCAUGGAACGUUACAAAGAUGAAGAGGUACAGAGAGUAGCCUGGGACACGUUGCAAGAAAAGUUUGAAUGCUGUGGUGUUCAUAAAGUAGAUGACUGGGAGGGAGUCAUUAAGCCUGGAAUAGCUGCGCCCAGUUCUUGCUGCGUAGAGAAAGGAGAAAUUUGUGUCAACACAAGCCGUUUAGGAAUGUACCAACUUGGAUGCUACUCCAAGCUCGAAGAAAAGGUCCAAAGUAGUGUGAUAUGCCUAGCAGGCAUUGGGAUUGGAAUUGCUUUCAUUGAGUUGGCUGGAAUUAUUUUGGCGCUACUUCUGGUUCAUGCCAUCAGAACAUCUGCUCCAAAGUGAACCUUCUUUUCCACAUAACUUCUGGAAACUUUGGUUUUACAGAAUCUACCAUAGAGUUAUGAAAAAUUAUUUUUGAAACAAUAUUGAAGAAAUGACAUAAUUUCUGUUAUUUUAGUGUGAUAUAUUAAAACUUCGGGGGAAAUAGAAUAUAAUUAUUAAAAGGAAAACCUUUUGCUAUACAUGAGUGACCGGUAAAAAAACAUUGAUUGUAAUUCUCUCUCAAAGAAAUUGAUAUACGGAAAACUUAAGGAAAAUUUAACUAUGAGGAACUAAAGAGAAAGUACCAGAAUUACAGUACACUAAAAAACUGUCAAGCAAUAUAGAAUUAAUGGAGCUAGCUUAAUUUACUGACAUAGGGUUGUUACGAAGGUGAAGUGAUAUGCAAUUGGAUUGUUAGGGAAAGUUUCAGCCAGUGGUUUUGUUAGCCAAAGUUGGAUAGAUUAAUUCAUAAAAAGGAUUAAAAAGUAUAUGACUUGUAAGAUAGGAAAUCAGUAUUAAUUUCUUCACUUUAAAUUAAAAUAAAAGAUGUGUACUUUAGAAAGUGUUCCUUGUAUUUGCACUAGUAUACAAUUCUCAAAUUUAGCUAGUGAUCUCAUCAGUGAUUACUACAGAAUCAAACAGGCACAUCAUCUAAGUAUUUCAUAAUGUCUAUUAUCAUAUAUUUCCACAGAAUGGUCUUAUACAGAAGUGUUCGAAUAUUCAGUUACUGUAUUGUUUUUUUGAUGGUAAUUUGAAGCUUUUAAAAUUAACAUGGAAAUUGUAUAUUUGUUCCUGGUGUGGUGUAUGUGUGUAUUUACUAAUUUUUAAUACAUUCAUAAAUUUUUGUUAAUAUAAACAGGAUUACAAAUUUAUUUACAAUUCUAACAAAAAAAUUAUUUUUAUAACAUUUCAACCCCAAGAGAAAAGGUUUGCUCUCUUACCAUCACAAAAGAUUAUCAGAAGGGAGUGUGACAUCCAAGAGAUUUGGUCCAAUAGAAACUGUCCAUUUUCUAGAAAGUUCAUUCGAAAAUGUUCAAACACAUAUGAAAUAAUCUGCAGUAAUAACAAGGGCUCAGAAUCUGAUGACCUAAAAUUUCUCUGAAAACGACUUAUAAAAUUACAUAAAAAUAAGAGGAAAAUGAUUUAAAAAUAAGGGGAAAAAGACCUAAUUGUUUUUAAAAUAAAAAAAUAUAAAAAUGGUUACUGAUUCAAUGAACUUUACAAUUUUAAAUAAAAUUUAUUUAUAAGGAAUUAUAUUUAAAAUAGUCUUUAUUUUAG